AGCCAAUCAGAUUGCAAGUUCUUAAUCGGGGAAAUGCUAACUGCUUAUAGCAGGGUGUAAAAAGAAAGAAUAUAUUCUGGAUUUUGAAGCCCUGUGGUCGGAGGAUGACUUACAGCAAGUCUGUGAUUUCAGAAAUGUUAAUGAAGCCCCUGGGUAACUGUUAGCUUGUACUUUUGCUUUUCAGGGUCAUUAACAACAUUAAAGAUGUCACGCUGGGUUGUUACCAAGCAGUUGGAAUGUAAGGAAACAUUAACUACUGCACAGUUUCUGAAUGCAGUCCAAGUGUGGAUUAUUAAGCCUCAAGUUGUGAAUAAACACUAUUGUGGAAGCAAGAUACAGCAUGAAAAGAACAUCCAGAAAGUAGUGACAUCUUUUGAUCCAAUUACACUUCAAAAUGACUUUUAUCUAAAAAAAGAUGAAUCAUUGGAAGAACUGUUUGAGUAUAUGGUAUCACUGUUGUCUGAAUCAAGUUUCAAAGCCGUAGCUAAUGACAAUGUGGUUGACACAGUAAAUGUGACUCUCCGUGAUGUGAUUCCUAAGAGUCUUCAUAAAGAUGCAAAGACUGUGCGUGAACUGGUUAUUAAAGAUCCUAAAACAGCCACUGUAACAUUUAUACCUUUGGUUGAGUUCAACAAUACUGAACUCACAGACCAACAACCUCCAACAGGGCACACAUAUAGAAUAAGACAACAAAGUGGUGGUAUUACCAUGGAGAUCGUCAGUACUAGUAACAAUGACCUUAAUGAGACAGCGACAUCUAUAGUCUCAAGUACACAGAUAACAUUUCUAAACAAUCAGCUUUUGCCGAAGAUUGUCACUUGGGCAAAAAGUGAUUCAAGUAAACCUACGGAGGUUAGUUCUCUUACCCUUGUGCCUAUUGAUGAGUACUCCAGGACUUACAACAGGCUGAAACAGGAAUAUGGCCAGAACCUUGUAGCUAUUUGGCCAGAAACUACUGACCCUUUGAAGUUUGUAUACGAAGAUUGUGCCAUAGCUGCUUAUCUCAUAACACUGUGGAACACUGGUAGUCAUAGUAACGAGGGUGCUCUUACGAAGCAGAGUUUUGUGGAUCUUGGAUGUGGCAAUGGACUGUUGGUGUAUAUUCUCUCAGGAGAAGGACAUAGGGGUCUCGGGUUAGAUGUCAGGAAGCGUAAGAUAUGGGAUCUCCUAGGAGAUAAAGCUAAUCUACAGGAAACUCCCGUAACUCCAUCAGACAAAACAUUGUUCCCUGAUUAUGAAUGGAUCAUUGGUAACCAUAGCGAUGAAUUAACACCAUGGAUACCAGUAAUGGCUGCCAGAUCAUCAUACACGACGAAAUAUUUUGUGUUACCCUGUUGUCAUUAUGACUUCCAGAGUAAGUUUAAUGAAAGACAGCAAGGUUUGAGUAGCUAUCGAAGUUACUUGAAGUUUGUGAAGAAAGUUGGCCAGGUAUGUGGAUUCAAGGUUGAGGAAGACCAACUAAGAAUACCAUCAACAAAGAAAGUGUGUUUCGUGGGUCAAAACAGAACCUACCCACGGGAGAACCAAACUGAUAUCAGUGAUAAGAUUACAGAAUUUAUUGCUUCAAGAUGUAACACAAAUACAAGCAUGAGUGAAGUUGCGCCAGAUAAAUCUGAUGGAAAUUCAGAUGACGUAAUUGAUGCCGGCGCAAGGGGUGAAAAUGAUUCAUGGGCUUCAGAGUUUAAAGCAAGGAGUAAUAUUGAAACAACUAGGAAUUGUACACAUGUGGACAUCACAAUCACAACUCAGAUCAUCAAUUCAGUGUUUCAUGCUGUGUUAGGAGCUCCUGACAAUGUUGGUAACCUAAGUGAUAAAGUAGCUGAUGAUGCUGGGUCAAGUAAAGAAAGCAAGAUGCAUGACGGAGAUGUAUGUAAGAUUGAUACACCCAAGAUUGAUACACCCAAGAUUGAUACACCCAAGAAACGGGGAAAUGAGUCCUCUGCUGUUGAUAUCAAUAGUAGAGAAACUGAUGCAUCCGUCUCACGGAAGGGCAACUGGAGAAGGGGCGGAGCUAUACCAUUAGGAGAUGUUGUCAAGUUGUUCAGUAGCGAUAUUCUUCAACAGUUAAAGAAAGAAUGUGGAGGGAUUCAAACCUUGUUGAAGAACCAUCAUUAUAUCUUUAAAGUAGUCGGAGGUAAGGUAUCCCUCAGACACCCUGGCGAGGUACAACCGAAGAUUGCGAAGAAACGUAAAUGGAAUGAAACUGAAGGGAGUGUCACCAAAUGGCAAAAAACUAAACUAUGUUGGUUUAAUGAUAACCACCCAGAUGGCUGCCCAUUAGACUCUGAGAAAUGUACAUUUGCUCAUGGACAAAAUGAUUUAAAAACAGUCUGUAAACAGGAUAGAGGUCCAUGCAAUAAAUAAGGCAACGUGAAAGAGUAGAAGUAAUGGUGAUAAUGUAAAUAGGGAUUGGGGAUCAGGCCCAUACCCAGCAUUUCCAAGGUAUUCACUUCUCAAAAAUUUCUAUGGGAGUUCUCAUUUGACUACUUUGGCCCAGAAUCACUUGAAAAGGAAUCGCAUUGGUGAAAACUGCAUAAUUUUGAAAGGAUUUUUGGCCAUGGUGAGUGCCCUCGAACCCCCCUCCCCCUCCCAGCUACAGGCCUUGGGAUUAUUGUGUUAAUUCAAGGUGUAGGCUAGUGUAAAUAAAUAAAUUGUUUAGUGUAUUUUAAUUGUUUGUUUAAUUGUAACAAAUUUUUUCAAAGUGUAGGUUUCAUAUGAGACAAGUGUAAAUAAAUAAAUUGUUUAGUGUAUUUAAUUGUUUGUUUAAUUACAGGAAUUUUUUCAAGGUGUAGGUUUCAUAUGAGGCUAGUGUAAAUAAAUAAAUUGUUUAGUGUAUUUAAUUGUUUGUUUAAUUGUAAAGUGAUUUUGAAAUAUUCCAAUGCUCCACCAUAUGGACAUCAAAUCCAAUCAAAUGCUCUAUCCAGAGUUGAGAAUUCAAUUCAUCAUACUGGUCCCCUACUGGACCAAGCAGCAUACUAGUAUUUAAAAUCUCCAGAGAUUUAAGAAUGAACUUCAAAAAUUGCUGCUGAUCAAAGGCUAUUCUUGCAUUUGAAAGAGGCAAUGCUGCAUCAUUGUGACAUAUAGUUGAUGUUUGAGGAUGAAAAGGGCUACGAAUUUCAUUUGUGACCUUGUUCUUCAUACCUCUGACACCCCUGUUACCAUAUAGCAUUUUGAGACUAUAGGUUGGAGGAUGGAAUUAUCAUAAUGCUAUUCUACAAUCUGUACUAUUUUAUUAUUAAAAAACAUAAUGUAUCUCAAAGGGGCACUUAUAAUUUCCUGGACACAUUGCAUUGCACUUGUUUGAAACGCAGCACUAUGAUUGCUGAAGAUCAGGGGUGAACUUGAAAAUUGAAAAUGGGAGCUAAAAUGCAUUCCCAAAUUAGGAUAUACAUUUUUAACCUGACCCAAGGUCCAAACUUACUUUGAAGCCACUUAUUCAUAAGCCACUUUUAUAAGCUUAGUGUGUCACCACUACAAGGUGGUCGGCUGUUGGUGUUUGACAGUUGGUGUUCGUUGGUCGGUGUUUGGCAUCUGAAACAAAUGGCAG